UUUCAUCCGCUCGGUAAUCUUCGAAGAAUCAGAAUUUUACAAUGGCGGACGCUGAAUUCCAGCUCAAUCUGGUUUCAACCUCCCCAACCGACGUUAUUUCGGCGAGGAUAAUUGGUAAAUUCGACGAUUUUAGAACAAUACGCAAGGUGUUCGACGAAAUGCCUAAACGUAUUUUUUUUACUGCAGUAGAAAUAUAUAUGUACGUACAUCUUGAAAAGAAUUAACUCGUUGGUGAAAAACUCGAGAGAGGAUAGGGAUGGAUUCAGUUGAUAUUUUAAUUACAUGAUGUUUGAUUCUGUUUUCAGUGUGCAGAUUUGCAGUGAGUGUAGCAUCAGCAAGAAAAAGGGGUUUCUGUAAUCUAACUAAAUAUAGGAAGAAGCAGUGUUGCAGUUCCAGCAGUUGCCCACAGUUUUGAAUGGUGGUAUUUUGUUUUCCAAAGCACUGAUUUUCUUUCAAUAGUAAUAAUAAUAUCUUAACAAAAAACCAUGGGGGGAGAGGAGCCGCCGUAUGAAUGGCAGUGAAGGAAAACAGGGGGGGUAUGGUGGCUGAUGAUUCUUGGGAGUUCCAUGGAGCUGAGCUCCAGAGCAAUGAAUGAAUUGGAUUGAAAUAUUGAAUUGAAUUGGUGUUUUUGUGGGGCUGGGAGCUUCCAAGAUUUAGGUCACCCAAGAAAAGGAACUUCUUUCCUCUAAUUCUGGUUUCUUGCAACAAUUCCCGGCGCAAAAGCACACUUAAAUUCAGUGAGAGGGCCACAAAUGUUGUCUCCAUAGUUUAAUGAAAUGGGAAAAGAAAAGCCUGUCUGGUUUGGAUCUCAAGACACUAAUGAGGAUGUUUUGCAGCAGCAGAGGUGGAUGGAUAUGGAUAUAAAUCAUAUACUACCAUGUAUUUGUGUGAGCUUUCCUAUUUUAAUUCGAUGCACUUUCUGUAAAUUAUGUAUAUAUUGUAUGUAUAUAUUGGGUUUUAGGAAAAAAGCUGACAGGCGGUUUCUUCUAUUUAAGGAAAGUGAAAGAUUCACUUCCAAGGUAUUCCCUAAUUCCACUUAGCCUACCAAAAAGCUCGAGAGGUGAAUAGUUCAUUGCUUCCAACUCAAACAAUAUGCAGAGGAAAAAAGUGAAAACUUUGCAUCCUGUUGAAGCAAUCACUUCGAUCUGCCUAUAGUUACACUGCAUAUAAAUACUUGACAACAUUCUUGAUCUUGAUCUUGAUCUGAUAGAGAAUCGAACUUUCAGGAAGAACAGGUCAAUUGGGAAGAGCUCUGGCUAAUUUCCAGCCAUGGCAGAAGCCCUUCUAUUCGGCGAGAGAGAAGCUCAGAUUCUUGCAGCCAGAGAAAUCGGACACCUCAGCACUAAGCAAAAGCAGGUCUUGUCCGAAAAUGGAGUCAUCCCUCCAUUGGUUCUCAUGCUCCAUAGCCAUGAUUAUGACUCUGUUGAAGCUUCCCUCUUUGCUCUGCUCAAUCUCGCCUUCGGCAGCGAAAGGAACAAACGCCGAAUAGUGAAAGCCGGGGCUGUGCCGGCGAUUUUGGAAAUCAUCCGGCAGCAGAACGAGCCGUUGCUGGAAUUGGCAUUGGCAUUCCUCUUGGUCCUGUCUUCUUGUUCUUCGAAUAAGUCCAUAAUCGUCUGCUCCGGAGGGAUUCAGCUUCUCAUCGAGCUUUUCGAUUCGCAAUUCCCGAAUUGCCAAUGUGUCAGCAAUCAGGCGAAGUUCGACAUCAUUUCCACUCUACACAAUCUCUCCAAUUCCCCCCAAGCCAUCGCGUCGAUCAUGCUAUCUGGAGGUCUUAUCACCCUAAUUCAAUUCGUGUACGAAUCCGAAAAGUCGAGUAGUUUGGCGGAGAAGGCUGUCGCGUUACUCGAAUCGAUCGUAUCUUCGUCAGAAGCCGCAUUAAAUCAGGCCUGCGAAGUCGGGGGCGUGAUUCAGAUGCUGGUGGAGGCGGUGGAGGAGGGGUCGCCGGAAUGCCAAGAACAUGCCGCCGGAAUUUUGCUGAUGAUAUGCCGAAGGAGCCGGGAUCGGUACAGAGGGAUGAUAUUGAAGGAAGGGGCGAUGCCGGGGCUGCUGCAGCUGAGCGUCGACGGGUCGCGGAGGGCGAGGGAGAAGGCGAGAUCGCUCCUCAUUCUUCUGAGAGAUUGCGGUGGCGGCGGUGGCAGCGGCGGCGGCGUUUCGAUGUCGAAGAAGGCGGCGCUGGAAGAGGUGAUGAGGAAGAUUGACAGUGGGGAAAGGAGUGGGAGCAAUUCUGUUGAGAUGGUAGAGGAGAUGAUUGCUAGACUUAGGACAUAGAAGAUAUGAUAUACGUACAGAUAUAUAUAUAUAUAUAUAUAUGAAAUAGUUUGUGUUUUUUGGGAUGUGAAGAUGAUCGAUCGUCGAUGUCUUAGUGUACAGUGAUAGAGUAGGAAGUUGGUUUUUUUGGUUAUGGUGGUCUUGGAGAUGAUUUCCUUCAUGGAUUUAUUAUUAUUACACGUUUAUUAUUAUUAUUAUUA